AUGGCAUCAAAGAAUUUCUUUCUAGUAGGAGACGAUGUCUCAACAGCACAAUCCAUACUAGUAUCUCCAACCUACGGUCCAGAUGAGCUGAAGCGUGCCGUCGCACGGCAUUUCCAUAUUGUUCAACCAAGCGGAGUGUCUUUUCACACCUCCUAUGGCUCCAUCAAUAUUGUCAGCGAUGUGUUAGACGCCACCGAACCUAUCGGCAUCAGAAUCGACAAUCAGGCCGUUCGUGAGCCUGAUGGCCCAGAAGGCCUCCCAAUUGUGGGAAGCUUUUACGAAAUUUUCCCAGAUCAUCUCGGAAACCAUACUCGUCUGUUCCGCCAAUAUGGGGGGUUGAUCAAGACGACAAAUAUGGGAAAGACGAACUACCUCACAGACGAUCCUGAAAUCGCCGCCGUCGCCCUCAAUGAAUCCAUAUACUUUUCGAAAAAGAUCAAUGAAGAUCAUCCUCUUUGGGGAGUAAAAGAUAACAUCGCGACUUUUGUUGGAGACACUGAGACCGAGACCUGGCGCCUCAGCCAUAAGUUUCUCCCAACAUCAAUGGGUCCCAAAGCUGUGAGACAUUAUGCACCAUUGAUUCAGGAAACGGUUCGGCGCUCUUUCGCUGUGUUUGACGCCUUUGCUGAAAGUGGUCGCUCGUGGAACGCCUACCAGUACAUGGUAAAGCUAGCCUCCGAGACCAUUGGCAAGGUCAUCUUGGGCCAGAACUUUGGUCACCUGGUCAAUGCAGACGCGCCGUUCCACCCGAUCCCGCUAUCUAUCCUCACCAUGUUCCAAUUGAAUAAGAGGGUGGCAUCUCGGGGUGCUUGGUAUCAGAAUCUCCCUUUUGGAGAUCCUAAGAAGUUGCGAGAAACACAUAAGCUCUGUUACGCGUUGAUAGAGGGUAUCGUUUCAGACAUCGAGACUUCUGAUACGGCGAUGCCGAAGAUGCCCAUGGCGGACGCCGCUUUGAAGGCAUCUAACCUCGUCGAGUACCUUAUCAAGGGCACGGACGAGAAGGGAGAGACAUUCCCCCGCUCGAUGAUUGUACCCAACAUUGUCAUGCUGACUUCAGCUGGGUUUACGACCACCGCAUCCCUUUUGUCCUGGCUCAUCUACUCCGUUACCGAGCACCCCGGCAAUCAAGAGCGCCUGCUCCAGGAGCUUGUGAACAAUGGCAUUAGCGAAACGACGGAAUGGUCAGUCGAUCUUGUUAGCAAGCUGUCAUUCCUUGAUAAAUUCGUCAAGGAGACCCAACGCCUCCACAACCCUGCCUUCCAGCCUGCGCGAACUGCGAAGACGGAUGUCAUUGUUCCCGGUGGAUACCGCCUGAAGGCAGACAGCGUGGUUGUUUGCGCUCUCCACAGUCUUCACACCAAUCCCAAUCACUGGCACGACCCUUCUCAAUUUGACCCGGAUCGAUGGGACACCGCUGAGGUAAAAGGCCGCCAUCGUGGCAUGUAUCUCCCCUUUGCAACGGGUCCACGUGGCUGCAUUGGUUUCAAUUUUGCUCUUCUCGAAGCCAAGAUUAUUUUUAGCGAGUUGAUAUACCGCUAUGAAUUUAUUCGGGAUGGGAGUGAGAAUGUUCAAUACGACCCAGAGUUUCAACUUGUUCGGCCUUUGAAUCUUUACGUGUCGGUCAAGAGAAGAACAAAUCUGCCCACGUAG